AUGGGCGCGUUCUGUUGCAAGCCCGAGGAGAUCGACUUCGACGGCCCGGUGGACCUCUGGCACUUCUACCUGCUCAGGUCGGUCGGCAAAGGGGCUUUCGGCAAGGUCCGAGUGGUCCAACACAAGCAAACCAAGGCACUCUAUGCCCUCAAGUAUAUCAACAAGCAGAGAAUCGUCGCCCAGCGUGCAGUAUCAAAUAUCAUUCAGGAGAGGAGACUGCUCGAGGAGAUCGACUCGCCCUUUGUCUGUAACUUGCGCUAUGCAUUCCAGGACGACGAAAACCUCUUCAUGGUCCUCGAUCUCAUGCUGGGCGGCGAUCUCAGGUUCCAUCUCGAUCGGGUCGGGCUCAUGAAGGAAGACGUCGUCCGGUUCUACGUCUGUGAAAUGGCUCUCGCCCUCGAUUACUUGCACUCAAAAGGGAUCGUCCAUCGUGAUCUGAAACCCGAUAACAUCCUACUAGACGAACGUGGUCACGCACAUCUCACCGACUUCAAUAUUGCCGUCCACUUCACCGAGCGGAGAGCACUCACAUCCGUCGCCGGCUCGAUGGCCUACAUGGCCCCCGAAAUCCUCGCCAAGAAGGGAUACACAUGUACGAUCGACUGGUGGUCGCUCGGCGUCGUCGCCUUCGAACUCUUAUUCGGCAAGCGGCCCUUCAGAGGCAAAACAAAUAGCGCACUGACCAAUGCAAUCACCCGUGAUGAACCCCGCUUCCCUGAUACCCUCCCUCAGACCAUCAGUCCAGACGCCUUGAACUUCUUAGAAAAGAUCUUGCAGCGUGACAUCAACAAACGGAUCGGCUGUAAAGGCGCGGGGGGAAUGGCUCGAUUGAAGAACCAUGACUGGUUUCGUGAUGUGAAUUGGGACCUGAUGCAGGAAUUGGGCGUCAAACCUCCAUUUGAGCCUGAUUCGAAGAAGGCAAAUUUUGAUGCGACUCACGAGCUGGAAGAACUCUUGCUAGAGGACAACCCACUGAAAGCGAAGAAGAGGAACCCGAACCUAAACAUCGACUCGAUGUCGGCCGACUUCCGGCUGAUGGAAGAAAGCUUCCUAGUCUACGACCAUGCCAAGAUGUCGCGCCGGUCAUGGUUCAUCGAGCCGGGGGCAGAGACCAAGACGAGCGAAGUGACCCCGAGCACGUUCACUGCCUCCAUGAGCAUCUCAAACGCCGCCGGCAAAAUCCCGAUCGAUCAGCAACCGCUGGCCGAAGUCAAAACCGACUCUGUCUCCCACGAACUGCCUCCGACCUAA